AUGAGCGAGGAGGAGGAAGAUGAUCUCGGGAUAAAACCGGGGACUGUUAUCGAUUCCAGCAAAGCGAACUACGUUGUAAUUAAGUUACUCGGAGAAGGUGGAUUUGGUGCUGUCUACAAAGUUCAUGAUCAAACGGAUCCAAAAAAAAUCUACGCCAUGAAAGUAGAAAAGAAGCUUGAGACCAGGCGGCAUUCAAAAUUGAAAAUGGAGAUCGCGAUUCUUAAACUCGUCUCUGCCGAACGGAAACAAUCACAUUUCACCGCCAUUAUUGAUCGUGGGAAAAAAGAAACUUAUUUUUUUCUGGUUAUGGAGUUAGUUGGGAAAAGUUUGUCAGAUCUCAAGUCAAAACGUCCCUUGAAGGUAUUCUCUCCAUCGACUGGUAUGGGCGUUGGUAUCCAGUGUUUAGAAGCGUGUGAAGAUUUGCAUAAAUAUGGAUUCAUACAUCGAGAUUUAAAACCUGCUAACUAUGCAUGUGGUUUAGGAAAGAGGCAAAGAGUGAUUUACAUACUUGAUUUUGGAAUCGCACGGAAGAUUCUAAACGAGAAAGGAGAAUUGAAAACGCCAAGACAAACAGUUCGAUUCAAGGGUACCAUCCGUUUUGCGUCCAUCGCUUGUCAUAAAAAUACCGAAAUGGGAGCUAAGGAUGAUUGCGAGUCUUGGUUUUAUCUGCUUUUAGAUAUAGCAGUACCAAAAGGAAUUAUAUGGAGAUCGAUAAGUGACAAGAACGAAGUACUCAAAGUUAAGGAGCAGCUACGGAAUGAAAAACGGGAUAGUGCGUUUUCUUCCAUGAAAUGCAAAGAAGAGCUCAUUAAAGUGCUUACUUAUAUCGACAGUCUUAAAUAUUUUGAUCAUGUUGACUAUGAGUUUAUAUACAAAAUGUUGACACAGGCCGCAAAAACAGAAGGUGGAGAUAUUAACGAUCCUUAUGAUUGGGAACGAUCAUCAGCAACGUCAACUGCUGGAACAACUGCAAAAUCGAAGUCUUUGCUAGCAUCGCACUGA